GCACUGUUUGCAACUGAAAUUGACAGUUGACACGUCAAAAUGAGAAUAUCUGCUUUGCCAUUUUAAAAACCACAAAUACAGUGGUUUAAUAGUAUAUUGAGGAGCAUGGGAAAUUUGGGUAAUUUCAGGUCGGCCAUAAACCCACUUACAGCGUAACUGCAACGUUGAAGGUUUUUCUGAAAACGAAAGCGCGAGAACUGUGUGCCGCGUCGUCGCGCGCCUCGCACGCUCGCUGCCAUGUCGUCAGAUGAUCCCACGCCGAAAAAGAAACACGUUCGGUUCGCCAAGAUGGAAGAGGACAAUGACAACGGCGAGCAGGUAGAGGACACGCUUUUCGACAAGCGGAAAGACGCUUGGAAAGGACUGAAAAGCGCUCUGAAGGGGGGUAAAGGGGCACCGAGCCUCGGCUCCGGAAAGGUUGAUAUAGUUCGUCCCGGACGGGGCCACAGCGACACCGGGGCAUGUUGGCGAUGGCUGGUCAGCCUUGCUCUCUACGCGUCGUUUCUCGGGCUGGGAAUGGCCAUCUCUGUAUUGGGCCCUACCUUUGAAGACCUGGCUAUCAAUGUCAAUAAGAGCAUCAGUAAUUUGUCCUACAUCUUUGUGGGUCGUUCAUCGGGAUAUAUUGGUGGUUCUCUGUUAGGAGGGAUCCUGUUUGACUAUGUAAAUCCCCAUCUGUUACUGGGCUUUUCCUUGAUGAUCACCGCAUUUGGAAUGUCAGGCACUCCCUUCUGUAAAAAGGCUUGGCUACUCACAGCUUUGAUGUCCAGUGUGGGGGUGUCAAUGGGAGUUUUAGAUACAGGUGGUAAUGUUCUCAUACUGAACACAUGGGGAGAACAGGCUGGCCCUCACAUGCAGGCUCUGCACUUCAGCUUUGCUGCUGGAGCAUUUGCCUCCCCGAUCAUAGCCAAGCUGCUGUUUGGCCACAGUCCAGACAAUGCCUCCGUGUACACCCCUCUGAUGUCUGGCCACGCCUCCAAGACGAUUGGUGCCAUCUUGCCAUUCUCCCAUUCUAAGAGCAACAUUAUAUCAUCCAUGUGGGCCUACAUUGUGAUUGGUGCUUUUGUUUUAUUGGUGUCUUUCCUCUUUUUCAUCCUGUACUCCCAAAGUUCCCCUACUUCAAAAAGGGCUAAAACCUCCUCAGGAAAGCUGCUGUUCUCCAAACAUCACAACACACUCAUAUUCCUGCUAUCCAUGUUUUUUUUCUUCUAUGUUGGAAAUGAGGUAGCAUAUGGCUCCUUUAUAUUCACCUAUGCGAAGGACUAUGCUGGUAUGGAUGAGGCUCAGGCAGCAGGGCUGAACUCACUUUUCUGGGGAAUGUUCGCAGCUGGCAGAGGUCUGGCCAUCUUUUUUGCGACUUGUCUGCGCCCAGGCACCCUGAUCCUGCUGAGUCUAGUGGGCACUACAGUUUCUUCUCUCUUGCUGCUCCUUUUUAACAAAAAUAGCCUUAUGCUCUGGGCUUGCACUGCCCUGUAUGGUGUCUCCAUGUCUACCAUCUUUCCCAGUGGGAUUUCAUGGUUGGAGCAGUACACAACAGUGACAGGGCGGUCGGCUGCAGUGUUUGUAGUGGGUGCAGCCCUCGGUGAGAUGGUCCUGCCAGCCCUGCUGGCUUUUUUACUGGGGAAGGUGAAAAAUGAACCAUUGCUGAUGUACCUGGCGCUCGGGACAUCCACCUUCACCUCCAUCCUGUUCCCUGUUAUGUACAAACUAGUGUCACCAGGAGGUGCGUCUGCCCUACGGAAAGUGCCGGGCAGAAGCACCAAGGAUGCUGAUGACAGUGAGUACCGACAAGCCCUGCUGGACAGUGUGGAGGAAGAGGAGGACCAGGAGAAUAAUGGUGAAGCUGACCAAUGGAACGAUGCAGAUUUUGAGGUGAUAGAGAUGGAUGAUGCUAGCCUGGUAAGCUCUCCUUCUAAAGCCUCAAUGCCUCCUGAUGUUGCAUCCAGUGCUGUUGUUGCCCAGUCAAUGGACACUCCCUCAGCCCCACUGCCAACACUCUCAACAGACCCCACAGCUUUGGCCCCUUUGCCAAACACACUGGCCUUUCCUACAGACUCUCCCAGAUGAAAACUGUUCAUGUCCCUCAACAGGGAGAAGGAGGACUGAUAUAUUGUACUACAUCAAGAAGAUCUCAAGACUUUAUCCCUGAGCCAGCAACUGCAAGGUGGUUUGUUGAAUAGUCCUUUCCACAGCAACCUGAAGCAUUCAUGCAAAAGCUUUUGAUCCCCUUGGGCAAAAAACUAGCCAGUAGCCAUUUAGCACUUAUUAAACAUGUCAGAUGCAUGCUCAUACAUUUUAACAUGUACUUGCUUUCUUAUGUGCUCCUUAGGUACAGCAAUAUAAUCCACACAGUCUUUUACUCAACACCACUGUUCUUGUUUGAGUGGAGGUUCCUGGAUUAUCAAAAAGUUGAAUUUAGGCAUUGAGAAAAAAUAAAAUAAAAAAUGAGUUCUUUCAUUGGACAACAGAAUAUUAGGAUUAUAUUAGAAUAUAGGAUUUCAAUAUCUCUCCUGUUGCAUAUUAAAUAUUUUUAUUCAUUUUUCCCAUUAUACUGUAUUGUGUUAAUGACCAAAAAUUUACAUAAUGGCUUUUAAUCUUUCUGAAAUUUUGAUUUUUCUGUUAUGCCCUCACUAAUGAUAACGACUGCCACAGUUGAUAAUUUCCCCAGUUUAAUUUCAGUACUUUUGCACUUUAUUAGAAAUGUUGUUUUAAAGGCAUCUCUAUUUAUGUAAUUAUUUUUACCAAAAUUGCAUUGUGAAAAAUUGCUGUGAUUGUGUUUAAUUGUUGACUAUUCCUUGAAGCAUUUGUUUAAAACUUUUGAAUUUUAUUUUAUCAGUUUUAUAUCUCCACCCUCAUAUGUUCUUUUAAAAACAAAGCACCUUGUGUGUUUUUUUUUUUUUUUACAAGUUUACAAAUACAUACUGUGUUCUCUAUAGAUCUGGAAAUGAAAGACUCAGUCUUUACAAUGUCUGGUUUAGAAAAGAGGAAAGCAUUAGAAAAGUAUUUUAACAAAAAAAAUAAUAAUAAUUAUGCACACAGACAAUAUAUACUCUUGCCAUAAAUUAUCAAACAUAUUGCAGAAGUCCAAGAAGUUAAGGCUGAUACUGACUUGUUUGUCUUCAGACUUGUCUGUGUGGACAAUGGACAAAAUAAAACUCAUCUUUCCAGCACAUACAUGCGGAAUCCUUAGUCAGGUCUUGAUUUAAAAAAAAAAACCUUUCCCAAACUUUCAUCAGUACCGACAGACAGAACUUUGGAUCACUAUACACGGCUUAUUUACAAGAGACUGAUUUGAUAAACAAAAAGCAUUUAUCAUUAGAGACAAACAAGACUCCGACUCAGUCAGAACUGAAUAUCUUUGAUUUAAAAAAUGCUACAGCACUUACGAUGUUCAGUCUUGAGAGGAUUUAUGCUGUCAGUCUGCAGAAAUAUCACUGAAAUUAAUGAACACUUUUAAAUGACAGAAAUGAACAAUGACUACAAAGCAAAGUCAUAUACGGUACAUCACAAACAUCGUCCACAUCCUCUUGUGUAAUUAAGGCCUCUUCAGUCACACUGCGCUACAGUACCACACAGUCAACCAGUAAAAGAUGGAGAGGCCCAAAGGUCACAAGGGGAAAAAAAGCACCUUUUCAAACUAUGAUACACACAAACCUGUGCUGAAUGACAGCGUUUAGCACCAGAGUAAAAUGACAAGCGAUACUGAAAAAAAGAAGACGGAGGACAGACU